ACAACAGAUUUGGAGAAAAAAGGCAGAGCAAAGCUAUAUGUGUUGGAGUUGGAGACCUUGGGCUUGGGUUGGUUCUGGAAUAUUUUCAACCCUUUGUUUAUGAAUUUUUAUUUUUAAAGUAAAAUGUUUUUCUUUCUGGUUUCAACAAACUCUUGGGUGUCACCUGCAUGGCAGUGAGGCCAUAUGUGCCUUAUGAAGCUUACACGAGGAUUCCACUGCUACCACUUUUUUUUCUUCUCUCACCAUGAUAAUUCCCUGCCAUUCAGAUUCUGUAGAUUUCCCACUCUCUCUUGGUACCCUCUUCGCUUGUAUUUACUCCUCUCACCCUGACCCAGCUGGAGAUUGACGUGUUGAACCACAACUGUCUCUUGCUUUCACUUUCAGCUUCUGCUGAGUUUGAAGGUGUCUUGUGAGCUGGCCUGUGAACUUGUUCCCCUUUGCUCAUAUUCCAUUCAAAUACCAGUCCCAGGGAUGCUGAUAAUUCCAUUCCGAUGUAUAACUUUAUGAAUCUGAUUUUUUCCAACUCAUUGGCAAAUCCUGUUGCCUUUUGUAAUUUUGUAGGGGAGGCAGUUCAACUGCUCGUGACAUUGAUUUUGAACGCCAAUGGUUGGAUUCCAGAGUAGUGAACACAUGCCUGGGAGCAAGUGUAACGGUAAUUCUAAUAAUUUUCCAGGUCGAGUUGAACGACUCGUCAGAGGAAGAGAGCUAAGAAAAAAUAAUAUUUAUAAUGUUAAUGGCGUUGCUGAAUAUUUUGAGCAUGACCUGCGCUUGGGAGAAGAAAAUAAUUACUGUGUUGAACGUUCCCUAGAAGGGGUAGCAGCAUCAAAGUCUCUUUGUGAAAGGGAUGAUGGGAAACCUUUCAGGCAACGGCUUUUGGUUGUUGCCAACAGGCUGCCAGUCUCAGCUGUUAGGAGAGGUGAGGAUUCAUGGUCUUUGGAGAUAAGUGCCGGUGGCCUUGUUAGCGCUCUCUUAGGUGUGAAGGAAUUUGAGGCAAGGUGGAUAGGUUGGGCUGGAGUCAACGUGCCUGAUGAGAUUGGACAGAAGGCACUUACUAAAGCCUUGGCUGAAAAAAGAUGUAUCCCAGUGUUUCUUGAUGAAGAGAUUGUUCAUCAAUAUUAUAAUGGCUAUUGCAAUAACAUCUUGUGGCCCCUUUUUCAUUACCUUGGACUUCCACAAGAAGACCGCCUUGCCACCACGCGUAGUUUCCAGUCUCAGUUUACAGCAUAUCAGAAAGCAAAUCAAAUGUUUGCUGAUGUUGUUAAUGAGCACUAUGAAGAGGGUGAUGUUGUUUGGUGCCAUGACUACCAUCUUAUGUUUCUUCCACAAUGCUUAAAGAAAUAUAAUAGCAACAUGAAAGUUGGCUGGUUUCUACACACCCCGUUUCCAUCUUCUGAAAUUCACAGGACUCUGCCAUCUCGAUCGGAGCUCUUGCAUGCAGUUCUUGCAGCUGACCUAGUUGGCUUUCACACCUAUGAUUAUGCACGGCAUUUCGUUAGUGCAUGUACACGCAUCCUUGGACUUGAGGGCACUCCUGAAGGGGUUGAGUAUCAAGGGAAGCUGACUCGAGUUGCUGCAUUCCCAAUUGGUAUAGACUCUCACCGAUUUAAACGAGCACUUGAACUUCCUGAAGUCCAGAAGCACAUCAAAGACUUAGAAGAAAGAUUUAAACACAGAAAGGUAAUGUUAGGUGUUGAUCGCCUUGAUAUGAUCAAAGGAAUCCCUCAAAAAAUUCUGGCAUUUGAAAAAUUUUUAGAAGAGAAUCCUGACUGGCGAGAAAAAGUUGUUCUGCUUCAAAUUGCUGUCCCAACAAGAACAGAUGUUCCUGAGUAUCAAAAGCUUACAAGCCAGGUUCAUGAAAUUGUUGGUCGCAUCAAUGGAAGAUUCGGAUCAUUGACUGCUGUUCCUAUACAUCACCUGGAUCGAUCUCUUGACUUCUAUGCAUUAUGUGCUUUGUAUGCUGUUACAGAUGUUGCACUUGUCACAUCAUUGAGGGAUGGAAUGAAUCUUGUCAGUUAUGAAUUUGUCGCUUGCCAAGCUAAAAAAAAAGGAGUUCUCAUUCUUAGCGAAUUUGCUGGUGCUGCGCAAUCUCUUGGUGCUGGGGCAAUUCUGGUCAACCCCUGGAACAUCACAGAAGUUGCCGCUGCAAUUGACAAGGCUUUAAAUAUGGAACCAGUGGAAAGAAAGAACAGACACGAACAUAACUUUGAGCAUGUAACACAGCACACUGCUCAGGAAUGGGCAGAAACUUUUGUCAGUGAAUUGAAUGAUACUGUUGUUGAGGCACAGCUAAGGACAAAACAAGCUCCACCCCGACUCCCAACCAAGACUGCAAUCGAACGUUAUCUGCAGUCAAGUAACCGAUUGCUCAUUUUGGGGUUUAAUGGAACUUUAACUGAACCUGUUGAGAAAAGAGGUGACCAGUUUAAAGAAAUGGAGCUCACUGUUCAUCCAGAACUGAAACAACCCUUGAAAGAACUUUGCAGUGACCCAAAGACCACAAUUGUUGUGCUAAGUGGAAGUGGUCGAGCAGUUCUAGAUGAAAACUUCAAAGAGUAUGACUUGUGGCUGGCAGCAGAGAAUGGGAUGUUUCUAAACCCUUCAAAGGGAGAAUGGAUGACAACAAUGCCAGAACAGCUGAAUAUGGAAUGGGUUGACAGUUUGAAGCAUGUUUUUUUGUACUUCAGGGAGAGAACACCGCGGUCGCGUUUCGAAGAAAGGGAAGCUUCACUUGUAUGGAAUUACAAACAUGCAGAUGUUGAGUUUGGAAGAGUUCAAGCAAGGGACAUGCUGCAGCAUCUUUGGACAGGCCCAAUUUCUAAUGCGUCAGUUGAAGUUGUUCAAGGUAGCAGAUCCGUUGAGGUGCGAGCUGCUGGAGUUACAAAGGGAGCAGCUAUUGACCGCAUCCUGGGUGAGAUAGUCCACAGCAAAUCCAUGACAACACCGAUUGAUUAUGUCCUCUGUAUAGGACAUUUUCUUGCAAAGCAGGAUGAAGACAUAUAUGCGUUUUUUGAGCCCGAGCUUCCUUCUUCCGGUGCGGCUCAUUCACGAAGCAAGGUAACAGAUGGAAUCAAGUUUCCAGGUGAGAAGCCAUCUUUGAAGAUCCCUCCUAACAAAAAUGGAACAAAGUCAUCUCAAAAUAAGGCACAACGGCCUGCUCCAAAUUCUGAGAAGAAACCAACCAACCAUGUCUGCCGUGCACCACGCCGGCCGGCUCCUGAAAAGAUCUCUUGGAAUGUGCUUGACCUAAAGAAGGAGAAUUACUUCUCUUGCGCCGUUGGACGAACGCAAACGAAUGCUCGGUAUACACUUGGCUCUUCAGAUGACGUUGUUGCAUUUCUGAAGGAACUAGCUGGUGCUUCUUCAAACUCUCUAUUUCAGAGUACCUGAGUUUAGAUUCUGUGGUUUUUGUACAUGACCUCAGAACUUGGCAUAUCCCUGGAACCUACUUCCUUGUCCCAGGCCCCAAAGAGAGAAAGGAAUGCAAAGGAAAAAGGAAAUUAAAGUCUUUCUUAUGGGAGGACGAAAAGGAACAUUGACAUUCUCAAAUUCAAUAGAUAAAGAAUGUAGGUAUCAUAGUCUCAGAAUUCCUUGUAUAUGUUCUGCUGCCUUCAAUUUAGUCAUGCUCAUUUCUCUAUUGUAGUCUUGUAGCCUUCUCAGAAUCCUUCUCUAACGAGUAGUUUAAUAAGGGUUUACACUCUUAUAUAUCCUAAAUUCCGAA